GGUCUCGGGCCCCCAGGCGGAGCGGCGGGCGCCGAACCCCCCAGCGAAACGGCGGGCACCGGACCCUCAGGCGGAGCAACAGGUCUCGGGCCCCCAGGCGGAGUGGCGGGCACCGAGUCACCAGGCACGACAGUGGGCUCCGAGUCAACUGGCAUGACCGCUGGCACUGGGUCAGACAUUGGAUCGUCUGGCUGGACAGCGGGCAUCGGGUCACCAGGCAUCAGGUCAUUUGGCUCGACAGCGGGCACCGCGUCAUCUGGCAAGGCAGUGGGCACCGGGUCACCAGGCAUUGGAUUGUCUGGCUCGACAGCGGGCAUCGGGUCACCAGGUAUGACAGCGGGCACUGGGUCACCAGGCAUCAGGUCAUUUGGCUCAACAGCGGGCACCGCGUCAUCUGGCAAGACAGUGGGCACCAAGUCACCAGGUACGACAGCGGGCUCUGAGUCAAUUGGCACGACAGCGGGCACCGGACCAUCUGGAUCAACAGCGGGCAUCGAGUCAACUGGCCUAAUAGGAUCAUCAGUCUGGAUCAGUUCAUCAUGCUGGGUAGAGGCAUCAGGCUGAGUGGAGGCAUCAGGCUGAGUGGAGGCAUCAGGCUGGGUACAGACCUCAGGCUGAAGUGCGGACGGCAGGCUCACCUGUUUGGAUACUGGCAGGAUGGUACUGGUUGGAAAGAAUUUCCGCUUUUUUCUGGUUUUAACUACUGGAGCACUGCAAGUAAACGCAGGUCUGCAAACGAAUGGAGCAGCUGGAGACAGAGAAGAGCUGGAGGAUGGAAC